AUGGUCCAUUAUGUGCCGAUGGUGUGUGCUAAAAAGGAAGAAUGCAACAGAAUCAAGAGAUUUUUCAAGGAGGAUUCUAUUUUCGGAAUGGCUAUGGAUGAGGGUGUUGGCAACGAAUUCUGUGAGAAUACACCUGAAGCGAGUGGUCCAGUGUGUUGUCACCCUGCUGCCAUAAAUGAGGGAUUAACGGUCGAUUCUAACUGGGAAACUCCGACUCUGGCAAUCGAUCAGAAGUUCGCCAAUAGGUUCAAAACCAGUUUUCAGUGUGAGCAGUACUCCAGGCUUGUCUGUGAUGGCACGACGGACAACUGUGCAAAAGUGACCCAGAAAUCUGGUAACUCAACAGCCGGUGAGUUCCCUCACCUCGCUUUAAUAGGAAUUGCUAUCCCGAGAGCUCAGUACUUCUAUUGCUCCGGCACUGUAGUCAGUAAGUAUAUGAUCUUGUCCACAAGUUUUUGCAAAUGGCAUGACGACAAGAUAGCGAGUGUGGCUUUGACAGGGGAUUUUGAUCUGUGGGCUUACAAUGAGAGUGGCUCUAACGAAACGCUCUCGGAUAUCAUCGAUGUACUGGAACCACCAGACUCUGAUCCCGAAAUAACAGAUUUGGUUCUGUUCGUUCUGAGAAAACCGUUGGUAUUCGGCCGUUACUUGAGGCCAGCCUGUGUCAACACGCUGGCCCCAUUUCAUAAAGAUGACACCGGUUACGACCACGGUACCUUCACUGGAUUCGGCACUGUGACCACUGGAGGACGCUGGAGUCAGUAUCCCAAGAAGAUCGGCAACAUCAACAUCAAAGACUUGGAUGUGUCAGGAUGUCAGAAAUACAACAGUGGUCAUCUAACGCACAAUUCCAGUUUCUGUUUUCACAGAACCACAGGAGGGCCCUGCGAGUUUGACCUCGGAGCUCCUAUAACUUUAGAGCCCACAAAUAUGUACUGUCAGUGGAUCCUUUUCGCUUUGGCCACUACCCAGAUUACUGAAUGCAGUAGCUCUGACCACAUUCUAUUCAAGAAAAUUGAAUCGGCAUGGAGGUGGUUUGAGGAUGUUCUGUUUAGAGACGACUUCGACUUGUUCGAAUUUCAAGUCACCCCUCCAACAUGUCAUUAUUCCGAUGAUGAACUUUCCAGACAUAGAUUUCUCCAUUUACGUAAAAGGUACUCAAGUAUAUAUCCAGAUGGCUAUCCAAUUAUCGAUAUCCCAGAGGAUUAA